AUGGAUCUGCAAUACUCCACCUCGAUGAGGAUUGGUGAGUCCCCGUACUUUAUAGUACCAUAUACAAAUACGGCUCCAAACCCGAUAGUGUCGCGGACGAGACCGGGAAUCCACGAGAAGCGAAGAGAUGCCGAGCCUCGAGUCUAUUGCGAAUUGCCAUCCUUCCCGUCCUUCGACGAACCGAUACCGCCCGAAACAUCGCUCGAGGAGAUCUGCUCCAAAUACCCAAACCACCUUCGAGGUUCUUACCUUGACGCCUUCAUCCAGUGGCAUUGGUCUGGCACCGACAUGUACACUUGCUUGACCCAGGCGGCCAUCAACGACUUCAAGGCUUUCGGCAUCACGACCUGCAAGACCUUCGCGAACCGAGCCAACUUCUUGACGAAGAGACUCGACGCCCGACUGUCGGCACUUUCUGCAGAUGAAGUCACAGCGCUGUGUAUGGCUCCCAAGAUCCGACCCUGCAUGAUAAAUGGCACAGAGAAAUACGGCGCGUCCAAGCUGCAGGGCAAAUUCCACAACCCGAAUGCUCCGGCAAUUCGAAGAUACCCUCACCGCCACCGAGAUGGCAGGACUCCUGGAGUAUCGACAUUGAUGAAAACUUUUGUGCACAACAACCAGGAAUACCAGCUUUGGGAUUCAGCCAAGGAACUCCAGGGGUACAGCCAAAGCAUGGCAACUUACUGGGGUUAUCAACGGGCGCGCGCCGAAGAAAUCAUUGAUGCCGACCCCAAGUACUGUGCAAGCCGGGAAACUCGACGCAACAUACUCAUCCUGGAGAUGACAAAUUGGCCAUGCAAUGCUGCUACUGAGACGUUCUUCAGUUUCCAACAUAUUCAAGAUUGCCUUGCUUUCGAAAAUUUAAUCUUCGACUUGGUUGUGACGACUGUCACGGAUAUGCUGGGUUCUUCUCCGCCCGCGGAUAUAGCUCAUAACCUGCCAUUGGCUCGACAGUCUGCCGUUUCAUAUGUUCUCACAGCCCAGAAAGCCAGAUUGGCUAGAUUGAAAGGCGUGUUGACGGCCUCGCGGGCUGGACGAUCGACAGGCAGCCUGGUGGAUCAAGUCAUGUCGUGGAACACGGACUUUGAAUGGGAGGUCUCCUAUGCGACGGAAACAGACCGAAAGUCACAGGAGGAAGCUGUCCAUUCCCUCAACCAGAGCGACUUGGGAACAGAGGGAAGUCCACAUACAAGCGACCCCGUCACUCCGUUGAAACAAGAGACACCAGAUGCCACAACCGCAGUGCAGCCCGUCAAACGAGUGAGAUUUGCGGACACAGUCACCGAAUUCGAACCUGCAAAUCAAACAAGAGAUGUGGAUGUCGAAUUCGAGGAACUACAGCAGGACACAGAUGCAGGCAUGUUGUCGCCAGACUCAGACCUCAGUGUCCAUCACGCAAAUCCUGCGAUCGAGGGGGAAGAUGUGUUUUUUACACACCACCCACCGAUGCAAGUGCUACUCAAAGAGUUCGACCUGGACCGUCUGCCACUGACUCCUCUUCCAGAUUGUUUGGAUGUCCUGUUCGAUUUGGCAGCAGAGGACUACUCAGAUGUGUUUGAAGACAAUGAUCCCGAGUGUGCCAGGCUGUUUUCGGAGGCGGCGACUCAGCACGAUGUUGCGAUGAUCAUGACUGAAGACGAAACAACCAUGUCUUGGGAGCUGCCCGAGCUUGUCGAGAACGACCCAGACUGGUUGAGAGAGGCAAUAGGAAAUGCGCCGGAGAGGCUUGGAAAUGAGAUUGCGACGUUGCGGAAGCUGCAUGAGCUGGGCGACAACGAUCCAGACUGGUUGAAGGAGGUCAUAGGAACCCCGUCGGGGAGCCAGGAUGGAUACGCUUGA